GAUGAACCGCCACAAAAAUGUUUUGAAGGAGAAUCACAGGUGGAAGUAGAUAUUGUUGUUGGGAUGAAAGGACAUCUUGAUCCUGACUACAUGACAACAGGCAUUAGCACAGAGAAGGGUGAUGUCUACAUGUUUGGAAUUAUUCUCCUUGAACUCUUAACUGGUCGUUACCCUUUCUUCAAUGUAGAUGAUGAAUAUCCUUCUUUAUGGAAUUUUGCAGAACACCACGUUGAGAAGAAUGAGUUGAGUAAAAUUUUGGACCCAAUAAUUUUAGGGGAGAUAGGCGAAAUAGAGCAUCAAUUGCAAGCUUUCUUGAGACUUGCUUUGAGAUGUACUCUUGACAGAGGAGCACAUAGGCCAUACAUAAUCGAUGUAGCAAACGAGCUAGAAAGAACUAGUAAGGAUUCAAAGGUCUGUUCAUCCACUUUAGCCCACUCAAAGUAGCAGCAGAUAAGCCAUA